AUGUGGUUUGCUCCCAGCUACAACAGCCUCACAGACAAGCACCUGGCUGGCUAUUUCAGAAACACCAGGGUCAGACGGCAGCUGCAGAGAUCAGGACUGAUCUCAAGGAGUGGAAGGAUCAUCUCUGAGAAGGAGUACCAGAGAAAUGAAAUCAGGAAGAACCACCUGCGACACCUGGAGGAGUGCCUGGUUCAUGCCAUGCUCCAAAAGGUCCUCGACUUGCAGCAUCGGCAGCAGGUGGAGAAGAGGAAGAUGGGAAAUUCUGUGAGAAUGGAGAAGUGGGAGAAAAUCAAGAUGGAAGGCUCCAGGUGGUUAGUGGAAGCUGCCAGCCCUGCCUGUGUCCCACGGCCACCGCUGCGUGCCAGAAACCUCCCUGAGCUGCAGCUUGCAGUGCUUGGACGAGCUGCUGCUCAGUCCCACCUGGCCUCCCGUCGACUGAGCACAACUCCUGUGAAUGGCCAGCAGCUGCUCUGCCUCCCGCCCCUUGGCAGCUGUGCAGCGGCAGGGGCUGCACCCAGGACCCGCGGCUCUAAAGAGGAGUGCCGUGCACGUGGGCACGAGGAGGUUGUGACCGGGCAGAGGAUGGGCCCGAGGCUUGUGAAGGCGAAGGAGAACGUGAGCGGCAGACCUGCGUGUCACAUCCCUCUGCUCGGCCAUUAUGGGAUGCCAGUGCCACCUCCUCACCUGCCACCGGAGCCCAAAAGCGAAGCUGCCAGGAGCAACGGGAUGCCCAGCUGGAGACGCCUUCGUCCCAUGGCAGCCCCGAACGGGCAGCUGCCAACAGGGUUUUUCCUGGAACUGUUGCGCAUGCCUGCUAAUCCUCCUGGGGUUCUCUCUGGUGGUCGUGAGGCUGAAGAGCCUGGAGGGCUGCACAAGCCCUCUGUGCACAGCAACGUGCUCGUGACCAUGGUCUUCCUGGGCAAGCCUCUGCACUUGGCUCACGGUGACAGCAGCUUCAGGGACAAGAUCCAAGUCUACCAGCAGCACCGUGGAGGAGAAAACCUUUGUGUGUACAAAGGCCUGCUGCUGGAAGGAGAGAGCUUUCAGCUGACCUCCAGGAGGCACCGUGGCUUCCCCUUCAGCCUCACCUUCUAUCUCAAUGGGCUGCAAGUGGACAGGUUGAGCUGCUGCUGCGAGUUCCAGCUGCAGAGGCGUUCCCGGCUGGGGGGCAGGCGGGGAUCCUUUGGCUUUGUCCACGUGGAGGGAGCAUCUCCUUGCCACAGGUGCACAGUGGCAAAGCAUGUGGGCAAAAAGCCAUCCCCUGCCAGGAAGAGAGAGGAGAAGCCCGAGGCAGAGCCUGUGGCUUCCUGGGGAGAUGGAGUGCAGAGGGAGCCAAGUCAAGAGGCUGAAGCAAGGGGAGCGGAGCCUGCUGCAGGAGUGGCCCCUGGGGGGCAGAUGGAGGGGACAGAGAGCAAGGCAGCAUGGGGAGAGCAGGCACCUGGGGCAGAGGAAGUGGCAGGGGCACAGCUGGGCAGGGAGGUGGCUGCAGCCAUGCCUGAGGGGAAAGAGCUGCACGGGGAGGUGGCUGAGGCAGGAGAGGCCGCGGAGGAGACUCUGGGAGUGAGAGGGCCUGCAGGGAAGAAGGUGGUGGGUGAGAUGGUGUCUGAGGCAGAGGGCCCAGUGGAGGAGAAGGACCCUGUGGAGAAGGCAGAGAGCCUGGUGGAGGAGGCAGAAGACACUGUGGAGGAGGCAGAGAGCCUGGUGGAGGAGGCAGAGGACACUGUGGAGGAGGCAGAAGACACUGUGGAGGAGGCAGAGAGCCUGGUGGACGAGGCAGAGGACACUCUGGAGGAGGCAGAACACACUGUGGAGGAGGCAGAGAGCCUGGUGGAGGAGGCAGAGGACACUGUGGAGGAGGCAGAGAGCCUGGCAGAGGACAAUGUGGAAGAAGCAGAGAGCUCUGGAGACGAGGCAGAGAGCCUGCUGGAGGAAGCAGAGAGCCUCAUGGAAGAGGCAGAGGACACUGUGGAGGAGGCAGAGAGCCUCGUGGAGGACGCAGAGGGCACUGUGGAGGAGGCAGAGGACAAUGUGGAGGAAGCAGAGAGCCUCAUGGAAGAGGCAGAGGACACUGUGGAGGAGGCAGAGAGCCUCGUGGAGGACGCAGAGGGCACUGUGGAGGAGGCAGAGGACAAUGUGGAGGAAGCAGAGAGCCUCAUGGAAGAGGCAGAGGACGCUGGAAAGGAAGCAAUGGGCCCUGAUGAGGAGACAGAGGGCCCUGAGAGGGAGGAGGAGGCAGAGGAGCAUGGGCAGGAGGCAGAAGAGCCUGGGGACGAGGCAGAGGGCCCUGGGGAGGAGACAGAAGGCCCUGUUAGGGAGCCAGAGGAGCACGGGGAUGAGGCAGAGGGCCCAGGGAAGGAGGCAGAGUGCCCUAAGGAGGAGGCACAGAGCAGUGUGGAGAAGGCAGAGGAUGGUGGGAAGGCGGCAGAGGGCCCUGGGGAGGAGGCAGAGGGCUUUGAGGAGAAGGCAGAGUGCAAUGGAGAGGAGGCAGAGGAGCCGGGGGAUGAGGCAGUGGGCCCAGAGGAGGAGGCAGAGGGCACCGUGGAUGAGACAAAGAGCUUGGUGGAGGAGGCAGGGAGCCCGGUGGAGGAGGCAGGGAGCCCAGUGGAGGAGGUAGAGGACCCUUUGAAGGAGGCUGAGUACAAUGUGGAGGAUGCAGAGGAGCCGGGGGAAGAGGCAGAGGGUCUGGUAGAGGAGGCAGAGGAGGUGGUGGAAGAGGCAGAGUGCAGUGUAGAGGAGGCAGAGAGCCCAGAGGAGGAGGCAGAGGGGCCUGGGGAGAACGUAGAGAGCUCGGUGGUGGAGGAAGAGGACCCUUUGAAGGAGGAAGAGUGCAGUGUGCAGGAGGCAGAGGGCCCUGGGGAGGAUGCAGAGGAUCCGGGGGAAGAGGAAGAGGGCCCUAGAAGGGAGGCAGAGGGCCCUGAGGAGGAGGCAGAGGGUACUGUGGAGGAGUCAAAGGACCCUUUGAAGGAGGCAGAGUGCAGUGUGGAGAAGGUAGAGAGCCCUGUGGAAGAGACAAAGGGCCCCGUCAGGGAGCCAGAGGGCCAUGGGGAGGAGGCAAAGAGCAGUGUGGAGGAGACAGAGGGCCCAGUGGAGGAGGCAGAGUGCUGUGGGGAGGAGGCAGAGGGAGGUGGGGAUGAGGCUGAGGAUGCUGGGGACGAGGCUGAGGGUGGUGGGGAGGAGGCAGAGGGUGCUGGGGAGGAGGCAGAGGGCACUGGGGAUGAGGCUGAUGGCCCUGGGGAGGAGGCAGAGGAGCAUGGGCAGGAGGCAGAGGGCCCUGGGGAGGAGGCAGAGGAGCAUGGGGAGAAGGGAGACGACCUGGUGCUGAAGGCAGAAGAGCCUGGGGACGAGGCAGAGGGCCCUGGGGAGGAGACAGAGGGCCCUGGGGAGGAGACAGAAGGCCCUGUUAGGGAGCCAGAGGAGCACGGGGAUGAAGCAGAGGGCCCAGGGAAGGAGGCAGAGUGCCCUAAGGAGGAGGCACAGAGCAGUGUGGAGGAGACAGAGGUCCCAGUGGAGGAGGCAGAGGGCCCUGGGGAGGAGGCAGAGGGAGGUGGGGAUGAGGCUGAGGGUGCUGGGGAGGAGGCUGAGGGUGGUGGGGAGGAGGCAGAGGGGCAUGGGGACGAGACUGAGGGUGGUGGGGAGGAGGAGGCAGAGGGCACUGGGGACGAGGCUGAGGGUGCUGGGGACGAGGCUGAGUUCUUACUAAGUUCACCUCAAUAA